AUGGACACUGAGAGAAAAAAACAUGUUUACCUGGCGAAGCUUGCUGAGCAAGCCGAGAGAUAUGAUGAGGUGGUUGAAGCAAUGAAGAAAGUUUCCAAGUUGGAUGUGGAACUGACUGUGGAGGAGCGGAAUUUGGUGUCGGUUGGGUAUAAGAAUGUCAUUGGGGCAAGACGGGCGUCAUGGCGGAUAUUGUCUUCCAUUGAACAAAAGGAGGAGGCCAAGGGAAGUGAACAAAAUGCUAUGAGGAUAAAGGAGUACAGGCAGAGGGUUGAAGAUGAGCUUGCAAAAAUUUGCCAUGACAUUUUAACAGUUAUUGAUUACCACCUCCUUCCAUCUGCAUCAACAGAGGAAUCUACGGUUUUUUACCAGAAGAUGAAAGGAGAUUACUAUCGAUAUUUGGCUGAAUUUAAAGCUGGUGAUGAUCGUAAAGAAGCGGCUGAUCAGUCGCUUAAAGCCUAUGAGGUUGCCAACGAUACUGCUGACUCUGAGUUGCCCGCAACCCAUCCAGUUAGACUUGGCCUGGCUCUAAACUUCUCUGUUUUUUACUAUGAAAUUCUCGACUCCCCUGAGAGGGCCUGUCAUUUAGCUAAGCAGGCAUUUGAUGAGGCAAUUGCUGAACUUGACAGCCUCAAUGAAGAAUCCUACAAGGACAGCACCCUUAUUAUGCAGCUUCUCAAGGAUAAUCUCACAUUGUGGACCUCAGAUCUGCCAGAGGAAGGAGGUGAACAAUCUAAAGUUGAGGAACCCCCUUCAAAGAGUUAG